CUGAGUGGAUGGAGUCAUAAGAUACAAACAGUUUUCUUUGUGUGUGACACAAGUUAGAGCUCAGAUACGCUAUACGGAUAAUAUCAACCGCUGCCAAGCAGGUUCUGCGGCUGUCGCUGAAGCUGAAAGUCACAUUACAGCGGAAAAAUCUUGAAAAGGAAUGCCAACACCAACCAACCCCUGACUGAACACCCUGUCCACAGAGGGAAAGAGUGAGUUAAAAUAGGAAGGAUGGGGGAGACGGAGGACGAGCGUACGUCUCAGGCCGGCCAGCUGUUUGAGAACUUCAUGCAGGCCACUACCUGUAAAGGCACCCUGCAGGCCUUCAGCGUCCUCUGCAGGCAGCUGGAGCUGAACCCCUCAGACCACAGAGGCUUCUACAGCAGCCUGAAAGCUGCCGUCACCUACUGGAAGGUCAAAGCCCUCUGGGGGAAACUGGACAAGAGAGCAAGCCACAAGGAGUACAACAAGGGCAAAGCCUGCGCGGACACCAGAUGUCUCAUCAUUGGUGGUGGUCCCUGCGGCUUUCGGACUGCCAUAGAGCUGGCUUUGCUUGGUGCCAAGGUGGUGGUGAUUGAAAAAAGAGACACCUUCUCCAGGAACAAUGUCCUGCACCUUUGGCCUUACACCAUCCAAGACCUCAGGGACCUUGGAGCCAAGAAGUUUUAUGGAAAGUUCUGUGCUGGAUCUAUAGACCACAUCAGUAUUCGUCAGCUGCAACUCAUGCUGUUAAAGAUUGCUCUCAUUGUUGGGGUUGAGGUGCACGUCAACGUUGAGUUUGCCAAGCUUCUCGAGCCACCUGAGGACAAAGGCACUGAUGGGCCUGGAUGGAGGGUAGAGGUCCGGCCGGCCGAUCACCUCAUCUCAGACUACGAGUUUGAUGUGAUCAUUGGAGCAGAUGGAAGGAGAAACACUCUUGAUGGCUUCAAGAGAAAGGAGUUCAGAGGUAAACUAGCUAUCGCCAUCACUGCAAACUUUGUCAAUCGCAACACGACAGCUGAGGCCAAAGUGGAGGAGAUCAGUGGAGUGGCCUUCAUCUUCAAUCAGAAGUUCUUCUUGGAGCUCAGGGAGGAGACAGGCAUUGAUUUGGAAAACAUUGUCUAUUACAAGGACAACACGCACUACUUUGUCAUGACUGCAAAGAAACAGAGCUUGCUGGACAAGGGUGUGAUCAUCAAUGACUAUAUUGAGACUGAACGGCUGUUGGCGAGCAACAACGUGAACCAAGAGGCUUUGCUCUCUUACGCCCGUGAGGCUGCAGAUUUUGGCACAAACUACCAGCUUCCUUCUUUGGAUUAUGCCAUCAACCACUACGGCCAGCCAGAUGUGGCUAUGUUUGACUUUACCUGCAUGUACGCCUCAGAGAACGCCGCGCUGGUGAGGGAAAAGAGCGGCCAUCAGCUGCUGGUGGCACUGGUUGGAGAUAGUCUGCUGGAGCCUUUCUGGCCCAUGGGUACAGGAUGUGCUCGAGGGUUUCUGGCUGCCUUUGACACAGCAUGGAUGAUAAAGGGUUGGGCUCAGGGCAAAGGGCCCCUUGAUCUUCUGUCAGAGAGGGAAAGCAUCUACAGGCUCCUGCCUCAGACGACUGCAGAAAACAUCUCAAAGAACUUUGAGCAGUACACCAUAGACCCAGCCACACGUUACCCCAACCUCAACUCCACCUGCGUACGACCACAUCAGGUGCGGCAUCUGUACAUUAACGGCGAGCAGGACUUGAGUUCUCUGGAGCGCAGUGGACCCACACGCAGAUCUGUAAACAUCUCCAGACGAGAAUCAGAGGUGCGUCCCAGCCGGCUGCUGCAGUGGUGUCAGAAGCAGACUCAGGGCUACAGGCGAGUGGAUGUGACCGACCUUACGACCUCCUGGAGGAGCGGCUUGGCUCUGUGUGCCCUCAUUCACCGCCAGCGGCCAGACCUCAUAGAUUUUGACUCCCUGAACGAGGCAGACUGCGCAAAAAACAACCAGUUGGCGUUUGACGUGGCAGAGCGGGAGUUUGGCAUCCAGCCGGUCACCACAGGAAAGGAAAUGAAUGCCGAACGAGGGCCAGACAAGCUCAUUAUGGUGCUCUACCUCUCUAAAUUUUACGAGAUGUUCCGCAACUCACCUCAAUCCGUCACAGGUGUACCCAAAGAGAUUGAUGCAAAUAAUGAAGAAUAUCCAUCAAAGACCACACAUUCUCUUUACAGCUCACUAAAUCACGCUAUGCCUCGAAAGAGAAUCCCAAAGGUUGAUAAAAAAUUGGAAGACAAUGACAACAAAAAGAGGAAGAAGGCCAGCAGUCAUCUGGAGGAGCCAAUGUCCAAUCAUAGUGCACCCCCUGUAGGUGAGAGAGAGGAGCAGAAGGAAAAUAAGGUGCGCUCCAUGGCAACUCAGCUGCUGGCCAGGUUUGAGGAGAAUGCGCCAAGCUGUGGUGUGCGCAGACAGUCUGAUUCUGAGGCUGACAAACCUGUAUCUCUGGACAUGACAGAAAACCUGCGCUUUGCCAAACCUAAGAACCAGCCCGCACCCCCUUCACCCCCUCCACCCAAACCAAAAUGGCAGCCUUCUCCUUAUCUAAGACUGCUGGAAUCUCACACGCAGAAUGAGACCCAUCAUUCUGACCACUGUAUAGAAAUCCAGUCCAGCCAUGGUCACACAGAGAUCCAGUCCGACUAUAAAACCACUAGCGUUCAUCACACUCUCCAGCUCACUGGAAUUCCCUCAAGUUAUCAAGUCAGUGAGUCUCGUCCCAGAUCUCCUCACAUUCCCUUCAAAGUGCUCCAGCCAGCAGACCCCUCAGAUUUAGCCCUGGGCGGCAUGCUGCAGUGCCUACAGAAGCUGGAAAAGGAAGUCAUUCAGAGAAAAGUGCAGGCUGAAAUUACUAGACAGUUCAACAAAAAGAGCAUUAAAGAGCGUGCUCAGCAACUGAGCUGCUUGUUCACUGGCAAACCACCUCAACUUCAGGCAGAUGAAAGCUCUGCUUCCGUUUCUUCCUCUCCUUCUGAAGCCUUCUCAUUUCACGCUAUCCCAGAAUCCUCUACUCUUUCCUGUCGUCUGUCUCCUGUUCCUUCAGUCCAACACCAGCAGUGCAGUGAAGAUUCAGAAACACAACUGAAGGAUGAUAAACACACAGAUCGCUCUGAAAUCAGACGUGUAGAGUGCAUUGACCCCUCCAAACAGAGAACGGUGGGAAAGGUUUCUUCUGCUAUUGGUGUUAAAGCUGCUACUCUGGCCAUAUUAUACGAGACCGAUCACAGACCUAACAACCCCUUCACCCUCUCGCUGACCAGCAUGCGGAAGGAGUUUCCUCUGGCUCUGGGCGGCAGCGACACUUGUCACUUCUGUAAGAAGCGUGUGUACAUAAUGGAGCGGCUCAGUGCGGAAGGAUACUUCUUCCACAGAGAGUGUUUCCGCUGUAACAUCUGCGGCUGCACGCUGCGGCUGGGUGGUCAUGCCUUCGACUCCAACCAAGGCACUUUUUACUGCAAGCUGCACUUUUCUCAGAGAAACAUCAGCAGUAGGCAUCGAAGAGGAGAGAUCAACGGUGUUGGCAGACCCUCGUCCAGCGUUAGUACUGAUUACACAGCCACCGACGGCCUCCGCGGCCCAUCCUCAGGAGCCGAAUCGGACUACAGAUCUCAGGAUGACCCGAAGGGUUUGUCAAAGCCCAGUGCUCCGGCUGAGAGUGCAGAGGUGCAGGCCCUCUCAGGCUCAACAGAGGUCAUAAAUAUGAGUGAAGUCAAAGAUCCAUCUAAAAAGCCAGAUCCUGCAGAUCCUGCACCUGUGUGUCCUGAUCCUCUGCUGCAGAAAGCAGUGAAACGCUCCACAUCCAAAGGUGAAAUUACCAACAAAAACAACCUCUGGAGGAAGAAAAUCCGAUCCACUCUGCCCCUCGUCCUGAUUAAGAAAUUUCACCGUGGAAAACCAGACGAUAAAACUGAAGCCCUCGCAGAGGAAGAUGGAGACUCAGACUUUGAGGAGAUCCAUGAAUCUCUCUCUGUAACAAAGGCUGCAACAUCGACUAUAGAGUCUGGCUGCCCCCUAAUGGAGGACAAGAAGUCAACACCCAUUGACGAGAUCCCAAAAAUCCCUCUCUAUCGCACACAUUUUCUUCCCGAAUCCCCAAAACCAAGAACUUCCUCUCCAGAGCCUGUCAUCGCAGCCGAUCCCUCAGAGACGAACUCCCUCAGCCCCAAGAAGAAGCUCACACUGUCUUUAUCUGAAAAGGAGAAGCUGCUCGACUGGGACUUGGCUGCUCCUGGAAAGCCCUCGACUUCUGGAGAAGAACAAUGUGACAGAACUUCAACGCGUCCUCCGAACAAUCAACCAGCACCAGAAGCUCCACCAAAACCAAGCCGUCCUCAACCUGAACCCACUCCUCCGCUCCUUGGCUUCCAACAGUGGGCCGCCAGUCUCCGGAAGUCCUUCUCCACCAGCAAAAAAGGAAACAACCCUGUGGUUCUUAGGAGAAACAGACCUCUGAAAGCCAGGCCGUUGUCUGAGGGCUCCUUCAACCUCAGUGGCUUGUUUGGCAGCAGCAUUCAGAGCAACCAGGAUGAGGAACACAGCAACACAUCUACCGAUGACAGUCAGUCUAGAGCGAGGACAGAAAGUGAGCUCACCACGUUACUGGAGCAGGUGGCUCUCAGCUCCAAGACCCACAAGGGCACAAAAGAUGACAUGGCCUCUUUACCACCCAGAAAACUCAAUUUCUUCUCCUCUCUGCGCAUUAAGAGGAACGAAGAAGCAGAUCAGAGGAAAGGAGACAACCAGAAGGACAUCUUGACCAUUCUUUCCAGGUUCAGAAGCAACGCGUCUGCUCAGCAACAACAACAGGAGUCCAACUCGUCUAGUGAAGAGGAACAGGAACCAGACUCACAAAGGUCUCACAGUGGCACCUCACAGAAGAAAACAGCUGUGCAACAAACCAAGAGAGAUGAACUUCGAAGACUUCACCGGGCUCAGGUAAUCCAAAGACAGCUGGAGGAAGUUGAGGAGAAGCAGAGAGCUCUGGAGGAGAAAGGUGUGGCUCUGGAGAAGAUCCUCAGAGGAGAAACUGGCGAAGACUCCACAGAUGAAACCACACUACUGCAAACCUGGUUAAAACUGGUCCUGGAGAAGAACAAACUGUCACGUUAUGAGUCUGAACUCAUGAUCUUUGCUCAAGAACUGGAGUUGGAGGACACUCAAAGUCGGCUACAGCAAGACCUGAGACGACGAAUGGCCACUGAAGACCGUGAGAAGAGUGCGAGUGAGCUGACAGAGGAGCAGAGCCUGCUGGCGGAGAUCAUGAAGGUGGUGGAGAAAAGAGACAAACUGGUGAGUCUGCUGGAGGAGCAACGGCUGAAGGAGAAAUCAGAGGACAGAGAUCUGGAGAGUAUGAUCCUCUCCAGAGGCUAUCGGUUUCACUGGACCUGAACUUCUCACACUGGAUGAAGAGCUGCUCUACUGACCUACUGUACAAGAAGAACUACUUUAGACUGAGAGAGCCUUAUUUGAAGAUCUUGAACAAACCGGAACAACUGAAUGCCUUGAAUGUUCUUAAAAAGAUAUAAACCAAAAACCAAUCACGUGCCUCUUUAUUAACUGAAUAUGAGGAAUGUUAGAUUUCAAAACACAGGUUGCACAGCCACAGAGGUGAGAGGAUUGACUGCAAAUGUUCACACUGGAGCAAUGAUAUUUCUAUAGUUAAAGUUAAAGAUAUUUUUUUUUUUCUUGGGACUUGUUUGAUUUCUCUUCCUGUUUUGUUGAAACCCUUAAUGGAUGUUUGUUCUGUUCUUUAGUAAAUAUUCCAAUAGAGGCAGUGAUAAAGUGUGUCUGUUGAGUAUCUGUUUGUUUCUUAGUCUUGCAAUGAACAUGAUAUCUUAAGUGACCUUAAAUUGCCGCUCUUUCUAAAGUAAAACCAAAUAUCAUUGUUUCAAGAAUCAAGAUGUAUAAAGGGCUCUGGAUUUAUUUUUGUCUGUCUGUUCCCUUGUGUAAUUUAUUUAAAAGAUAUUAAAACAAUGAGUGGACUCUGA